UUAGAACUGGAACGUCACACGGCUUAUUCCUGAAGAGAGCGCGAGAAAAAGGGGACAACAGACAGUCCUUUUUCCCGGUCCCCACUUUCUCUCGUCCCUCAGCACAGGCCAAUGUUCACUUGCUUCACCCCGGAGCUGGGCUCAGCAGUCUGCCGCCCAGCUAGGUAGGCGGGCGGGCAGACGGCCUCGCACCGUGCGGCCAUGCUGGAGGAGAACCGCGGCUACGGGCUGUCCAGCGGCGGCUCGGUAGCAAACAUCUCCGUGUUUCACCUCAAACUAACUGACAGCGCGGCGACAGCCAUUAGCAACCUCCAUCACGAUAAGGCUUCAUAUGCACCUCCUACCAUCUGUUUCAAUGGAAACCAAGGGAAAAUCACAAUUCCCCGAUCCAAGAACGGUGGCGAUGCCAGGGUCUUCACGUUCGGCGUCACCAAUGUCGCCCGCGACAAUCCGCACGGCAGCUUUGACUGCAUCCAGCAACUCAGCUCCAGCACGGCACAGCAGCUGUCGUGUUUGGGCGUGAUCCAGAAGAAGAUGACGGUCAGGGCCACGGAUGACUCGUACGACAAAGCCCUACAGAGCAUGGCGCAGGCCGAAGAGGAAAACCGCAGCAGAGGGGCGAUCGUCAUCAAGCAGGGAGGACGGUUCAAGCAAGGCAAGAAGGUAACUGUACGCGCUCCAGCUCCCGCACUGGCCGGCUUGACCAAACCGCGCCAGCCAGCCAAGUCCACCAUGUCAGGCGGCGGCGUCAAAGUGGGUGCCGUCGCUUCCAAAGGCAGGAAAGGUGUGGGUGCGUCCAACGGGAAGUGCGACGUGCAACAACGACCCAUAAGAGAGAGGGUGACGCACCUACUGGCCCUGAGGCCCUACAAGAAGGCAGAGCUCAUUGUGAGACUACAGAAGGAUGGCUUGACGCCACCUGAUAAAAAAAUGCUGGACUCUGUGCUAAGUGACGUUGGCCAUCUUAAUAGCAGGGACAAGACGAUGGUGCUGAAGGACGGCCUGUUCAAGGAUCUGCAAAAGGACUGGCCGGGAUACACGUCGGGAGACCAGCAGCUGCUCAAACGAAUCCUCGUCAGGAGACUGUUCCAGCCUCAACAGAAUCUCCUCACCGUCCCCGAGACCCAGGUGAGCCCACUGCGGGACACGCCCAACUCAUCGCCGGCGCACCGUCCCAAAGCCGCCCCGACCGAAGAGUACACUGACCCCCUGGCCGGCAAGACGAGGAUAUCGCACUUAACCCGCAAAGCCGCAGUGGGCAACGACGGCCGUUCCGAGCGCUCGUUGGAUCCGCGCAGGCUUUCGGACUCCUUGUCAGCGGCCUGUGGACAGCAAGAAGCUCGUGUGAUUAGUGAGCCAACGUCUGACAUGGACAGAAAUGGUGUUAAAAGAAAGAAGAGCAAACACAGGGAGCAGAAGGAAGAGAAGAAGAGAGGCGGCAAAGAAAGGAAAACGGAUACCACUUCAGCCAAUGUGAACAAUCAUGUCGCAGUGGACCAUACGGAAGCUUCCUUCGUGGCGUUUGACUCGGACGGCUUUCAAGCAGCUGAGCAGAACACGGAUUAUUUGGUGACGUACACGGAGAUCGAUAGCCCCACUCAACGCCAGUGCUACAAGGAGGAGUUCAACAAGGAAUACAGCGAGUACAGAGACCUGCACGCUCGCAUUGACGGCGUCACCCGCCAAUUCAUGGAGCUGGACACGCAGCUCAAGCGGCUCCACCACGACUCGCACAAAUACAAGACCAUUCACAAUCAGAUCGUCCAGGAUUAUCGCCAAAUAAAAAAGUCCAAUCCCAACUAUAGCCAGGACCGCGUUCGCUGCCAGUACCUCCACAACAAGUUGGCGCACAUCAAGAAGCUCAUAUCAAAGUUUGACCAGCAGCAACUGGAGCAGCUUUCCGCUCCCAACUGAUGAGGAAAAACUUCUCCAAUGAAUGUCGAGUUAACGGAACACCCAAAACACGGGUUUCAAGUUCAACACACGAAUGGUCGCCGGGCAGUUGUGACCGGAAAAGCGCCUACGGAAUAGAGCGUGACUGUUCCUACUGCUAAUACAGAGCGGCAAACGCAAGAAGUGAAGUACGCAGGGUGAUGGCACUUAAGAUUUUUAUUGACAAUGCUCAGACUGAGAAGACUGUUGUCCUCCUGAUUUUCUUUUUUAACCCUUUGAUGAAAGAAAAUUCUAUCAGUGUUCCUCCGAUUUAAGGUACAGACAGCCGGUCUUACUGGAGGUUUUGGAAUAUGUAUUCAGGGAAUUUUUUUCAAUGUGUUACUGAAAGUUAAAUGAUUUUAGGGUUCGAAAACACUGUUGUUGCAUGCUACGUGUUCUCAGAAUGCAUGCUUGCCAAAGUGUCUAUUUUGUGUUCUUUUCGGUCACCGUGAUGGUGUCCUUUAUGAGACAUUAAAAAAAAAAAAAAAGCGGACAUUUGUGAAUAAAUUACUAUUUG